UAUCGACAACUUAAUCGUUUCUUUUGUAUUGUAAGGAUGUUUAUGGCUAAACGAAACCAUUGAGUGAUAUUUUAGAAUUUCUGACAAUUUUCGUUGUUAUUCCUACGAAUUUCCAACAAUCUUAUUGUUAGAGUGAAGGAACAUGUCAAACGUGGAAUUUCGAGAAAGAUUCAACCUCGAGGAAAUAACUAUAACUAACGAGAAUGGAGAAUCUGUGGUCGUGUCGCGAGCAUCCUUGAUACACAAAGGAGGAUUAUUGAAACACUUCGUAAUUGUGUGUCCGAAUGAACGAAAUUUCAUUGUCAAACUAUCUCUGACGUUGGAAAUGCUCGAGCAAUUUGCCAGAUUUUUGCAGAACGAAACUAUGGCGUUAUUUUCUGCGGAUAACUGUUUUCGAAUGUAUUUAAUCAGCAGACGUUAUUUUAUUGGACAAUUGCAAAAAGUAUGCUUCGAUUAUCUCAGAGUGUCGAUUCACGAUAGAAACGUUUGUCGUAUCCACGAUUUGUCUCGCAAACACUACGAAAAACGACUGCAGUAUCAUUGUUGGGAUGCAUUCAAUUGGUCUGACGGAAACUUAUUCGACACCUGCGAUUUCCAAUCGUGUGAAGUAACUACCCUCUUCAAGUUGUUGACGUGUCCCGUCUAUCACAAACUGGAGGAAUUCCAUUUGUUGCUUGGUCUUCGGGUGUGGGUCGAUCGCAAAUUUACUGAAUUACGAAAAAUAAAUGACAACGUAUCAAGAAGAGACGUUAUAAGACCUUUCAUCUCGUUGAUUAGAUUUCUAAUUAUACAAUCACAUUUAAUAAAGAAGGCUUGUAACAAAUUUCAAAGUGUUUACCUUUCAAGAAGAGAAAUUCGAUCCAUUAGAAAAUAUCGAACUCAGAAAAAUGUAGCAAUCCUUCGGGCAACGAUAUCUGGUAAUGUUAAGCGGCGAAAUAUUGAGGAUUAUUCUUCGUCAGUUGCGUUAAAAAGGGUGAAACCUCGAAUGUCAAAUAGUAAUAAGGUGAUGAAUGAAAACUUUCGGUUCGCCGCUGACAUUUGGGUACCGGAAAACUGCGUUGUGAAGAAGAUUGAACUGCCAAUAACCCAUCUUAGUCCCGAAGGAAUAGAGGUUCUUGUCGGUGUGAAGUCGACAUAUAAUCAAGACUUUUUAUACGAAAGAAGCAUUUGCGAUGAAAAACGAUAUGUACAUUUAGAAAAAUAUAAACUUCUGCCGAAGCGCAGCUUUCAUAUAUUUUCAGUUAAGGUUUCUAAAAAAGAAAUUGGGUCGUCCUUUAUCACGGUUAAUAAACGUACACGCGAAUACGUGCCGAUCUACGAUUUUUGUGAUGAGACUACGAGAUUUGAAGAGGAGAAGACGAAAUUUUCUUGUAAAAUUUUCUUUAUUUACUGAAAUUUGUGGAAAUGUAUCCGAUUCGGAUAUUUCACGUGUGUUAUUUAACACGAGUGUGAAAUCCGCGAUUUUUACGCCGAUGUCGGAAAAAUCUUUGUAAAUAACUCCGAUGGAAAAACCCACUCUUGGUGAGAAGUAUAUCGGAGGUCACCGAUUGUUUUCACAUUAUGGUGGGAAAGUUGACAGUUAGUUGAUCGGAAUGCACCGUAAGUGUCAACUGAAGUCGAUCACGUGACUUAUUUCCCACGAUAACGUAU